AUGGGCCUCGCCUACCUGCACGAGGAAUGCCUGGAGUGGGUCCUGCACUGCGACGUGAAGCCCCAGAACAUCCUCCUGGACGAGGAGUACAGGCCCACGCUGGCCGAUUUCGGAAUGUCCAAACUCAUAGAGAGGGGCGCCCGCGGCGGCGGCUUCAGCCGCUGUGGGAAGUGCGAGGUCUCCAUGGCGAGGGGGACGAGAGGGUACAUGACCUCGGAGUGGAUGGUGAACCAGGAGAUCACGGUCAAGGCGGACGUAGACAGCUUCGGCAUGGUUCUGCGAGCUUGA